GUUAUCAAAUAGAAAUAUGGAGGCUGACCAAUCAGUUAAAGAUACGUUAAUUGUUAAUUUAAAUAAGCAAUUAAGUGAAUUAGAAUUAUUGAAAUCUAUGUAUCCCAAUCAGAAUGAAAUUAUCAUAACUGAUAGCAAUGUAUUCGAAGACAUUAAACGGUUUGUUGAAAAUAAAAGUUCUAAUAUUCCUAACCACCUUGAUUUUAUUUUGAAAAUUCAUAUCAAUGGGUUAAAAUUAGAGAUAUAUGUUAACUUACCAACAUUUUACCCAGACGAAGAGCCAGAUGUGUAUGUAAGGUGUAAUCAGUUAAAUAGACAGCAAGAAACUAAUUUAAAUUCAGAACUAUCAACAUACAUUAAACUUUCUCAUGAGAAUGAAGUAUGCUUAUAUACAGCCAUUUCAUGGCUACAAGAAAAUAUUGAUAAUUUCAAAGUGAUAACUGAAAAUGUUCCCAAACCUACACCUUCUGUCUUGAGUAGUAAAGAUGCCACUUUUGUGAGGCUGUGGAUUUUUUCACAUCACAUUUACAGUAGAUACAAAAGAGAGCAGAUCAUAAAUAAGUCUAAAGAACUGAAUUUGACUGGAUUUUGUUUACCUGGAAAACCUGGCAUCAUAUGUAUUGAAGGAAUCGAUAAAGACUGUUCAGAAUGGUGGAAAGAUAUAAAGUCAUUGAAUUGGAAGAAAAUAUCUAUAAGGAAAUCAGAAGUUUUUGACAUAAAGGAUAAAGACAAACAGCAACAGUUUAAGGACUUCCAGGAAGUUAGUUUUCAAAAUCACUUAUCUAAAAACAAGACUGCUUUUUCUAGAUUUAUGGAGGAGCACAAUCUUAGUCAGGAGUUUGGUGAAUUUUUAGGAAUUUAACAUUGUAAAUGAUAGUCUUAUU